AAGAAAAAUGCACGUGCACGCGAAAAUUCAAUGAAUUUAACCCAAUUCUAUAUGAACAAUAUCGGACUUUCAUGAGUGUAAUCUCCAUUUGUCUCGGAUAUUAUUUAGGAUAAGUAGUCAGACACUUUUAGAAGUAUCAAAAUUCAGGAAAACCUUUUAUGUGACGUGACCGCCGAUACAUUAUACAAAAAUGUGUUAAAAUCGUCUUAAACGAAUAUCUACUAAUAAAUAAAUCUAAAUUGAUGUUUUAUUUUUAGUAGUAUUCAUUGCCUGUUAGUCUUGUGCAGUAUGUUUUGCUUUAUUCAAAGACGCACAUACAGCUAUUUCUGAAUCUUUCUUUUGAAAACAAUAAUUGGUGAAUUUUUUUAGCUUAGUAGAUAAAAUAUAUCCCAACAUUGAACAUUUGGAAAUAAUCAUGCAGAAAUAAAGGAUGUUCAUUUCAGACGAGGAUUGUUAUGCCAUUAAAAAGCGUAGGGGAAAACCUCCAAGUGGAAUUUACGAUGUACGUCUCUGGAACACAAGUCGAGUUAUACCUGUGUACUGUGACUUUGAUACAGAUACGGGAGGAUGGACGGUGUUUCAAUAUCGAUUCAACGGCAGCGUUGAUUUCUACAGAAACUUUAGUGAUUAUGAAAGAGGAUUUGGUUCUUUAGACGGCGAAUUUUGGUUAGGCCUUGAAAAUAUCUACGAAAUGGUUUCCCGAGGAAAAACAGAGUUGAGGCUUGAUCUGACGGCAGCUGACGGAACAUCUGUAUACGAAACAUUUCAGAAUUUUAGUAUCGGUGAAAAUCCGUAUUAUACUCUUCAUAUCGACGAGGGUGUGGGAACUGCAGGCGAUUCACGAGGUUUAUCAUAUCACAAUGGUAGUCAUUUUUCAACUUUCGACAUGAAUCGUGAUGGUUCCUUCAUUGAUUGCGCUAUAGACGACCAUGGCGGAUGGUGGCAUAGUGAUUGUACUUACGUAAAUCUAAACGGUGAAUAUGUUACUCCUGGUACAAGACGACCUGUCAACCCGUGGGGUGGGAUGGUAUACUACUCAUUUAAAGACUUUGAAUCACUCAAGGUCUCCAAAAUGAUGUUCCGGCGGGUAUAAAUACAUCCUGAUCCCAUUUUGUAAGGAAAUAACAAAUGUUAUGUUCAAGCUAGUGAACACAAGUUUAUUGAAUAACUUUGAAAAAGUAUGCUUCUUUGUAUUAACUUACUGUAAAACUUCUUAACAUUUUAUUGUUAACAAUAACGCUUGAAAAAGAUAGAUAUUGGCGUUAUAUAUAUUGCUGUCAUGA